UCUCUCUUUGAUGCACAGUCGUCUAUAUAUACGCGUAUGCAUUUACAUGUUCCCUUAAAAAAAAAAUUCAUAUUCUCAAUAAAUGGAUAUGCAGAGAUGUUUAGUGUUCUUAUGUUGUGUUCUGUCCCUUCUGGCAACCGAAACGACGGCACAUCGCGAGCUACUACAACCGCAUGAAACGAAUAUAGACACAGCAAACGCGGCGGUGGCGAUACGUGAUCGUGGUUUAAAGACGCGGCGGCCUGAGCAUAAAAACGCUUACGCAACGAUGAUGUACAUGGGGACGCCAAGGGACUACGAGUUCUAUGUGGCGACUCGUGUCUUGGUCAGAUCGUUGAGAGAUCUUAACGUGGAAGCUGAUCUUGUUGUCAUCGCUUCUCUCGACGUUCCUCUCCGAUGGGUUGAGACUUUGGAAGAGGAAGAUGGAGCUAAAGUGGUGAGAGUCGAAAACGUGGAUAAUCCAUACAGGAGGCAAACUAAUUUCAAUAGUAGAUUCAAGCUUACUCUGAACAAGCUUUACGCAUGGGCUUUGUCAGAUUACGACCGUGUGGUCAUGCUAGAUGCCGACAACCUCUUCCUUAAGAAAACCGACGAGCUGUUCCAGUGCGGACGCUUCUGCGCGGUGUUCAUAAACCCUUGCAUCUUCCACACUGGCCUUUUCGUCUUGCAACCAUCUCCGGAAGUGUUCAAGGACAUGCUCCAUGAGCUAGAUGUUGGUAGAGAGAAUCGUGAUGGCGCUGAUCAAGGCUUCCUUGUCAGUUACUUCUCUGAUCUUCUUGACCAGCCUCUCUUUCGUCCUCCGAGUAAUGGCUCUGUGCUUAGUGGCCAUUUGAGACUUCCCUUAGGCUAUCAAAUGGACGCUUCUUAUUUCUAUCUUAAACUAAGAUGGAACAUACCCUGUGGACCAAACAGUGUGAUUACAUUCCCUGGAGCCGUUUGGUUAAAGCCAUGGUACUGGUGGUCAUGGCCUGUUCUUCCACUAGGUAUCUCAUGGCACGAGCAGCGUCGAACCACUAUAGGGUACUCAGCAGAGAUGCCUUUGGUCAUAAUCCAGACAAUAUUCUACCUUGGAAUCAUAGUAGUCACACGGCUAGCUCGUCCUAACAUAACUAAGCUAUGUUAUCGCCGUUCUGACCGCAACUUAACAACGAUCCAAGCAGGAUUCAAGUUCAUCGCGCUUCUCUCCGUAGUAGCAGCCUACGUCUUCCCAUUCUUCACCAUCCCUCACACUAUACAUCCACUCAUUGGAUGGUCGCUCUACUUGAUGGCUUCUUUUGCUCUCUCUUCUAUACCGAUCAACACUCUCCUUCUCCCAACGCUACCUGUUCUCACUCCAUGGAUAGGCAUCCUAGGGACGCUUCUUGUUAUGGCCUUCCCUUGGUAUCCUGAUGGGGUGGUGAGAGCAUUGUCUGUUUUCGGAUACGCAUUUUGUUGUGCACCUUUUGUGUGGGUUGCAUUCGUCAAGAUCACGUCGCAUCUCCAGGUUUUGAUUGAGAAAGAGGUGUUGUUUCCAAGACUAGGAGACUCAGGGAUCACUUCUGGCUUCAGCAAGUUGUAUUAGGAGUGUUUUAUUUAACGUAUAUUAUUGGUCUGUAUAUAAAUCAUUAUUAUUGUUUCAUUCAAAUUUCAUUUACAUAAACUCAAACUAACCUUAUUUGUUUUACCUGGUUAAGCUAUCAAAAUUUUCCUUAGUUAAACCUAGUAAAUGUUCUUGUUUAACUCACUCUCUUGCAUUCACAAAGAAAUGAAAGUUUUAAUGAG